AUGACAAAAGGUGUUAGUGUUGGGGUUGUCCAAGAAGGCCCACCGUUUCCAACCAGGGCCUAUCAGAGAUUGGUGGACAAGGGGGCCCAUCUUCUCGAGAUAAGCAACGAUGAUAUUUUGACAAUUGGCUUUCUGCCCAUGUCGGUAUUGUGUAUGUCGGACUGUUGUUUUACUAUUAUUAAAUUGGCACCUAUGUAUUAUUUUCUCAGUGCAGAACCAUUCAAUCACAGGUUUGCAGGAAGCAAAUAUGAACAAAUUAGUGUCUCUUCAUCAUGCAGCGUGUAUACUAAAUUAAAACAUCAUAGCAAAGAGGUCAAUACGAGUUUACGUGAGGAUGAUUUCCAGAUCUUAGCAAGUCUGUUGAAAGCCUGCGCUGCCAUUGCUAUUCUAGUGGCUAUUUCUUUCUUGAUGAUGACAUUUGCUGAGGUGCAGCUGCCGAGAAAAUGUAAGAAGCACAUUUGGCAGGAAUAA